AUGGCAAACAACUUCGCCAGAAUUUUGUCCAGCAAACGAAAUGUGGGCAUUCUGUCAUUAGUUGGAGCCGGAUCUUUGACAGCGGCCUUUCUGCUCAACCGUGAACAUGUCACCGCAGGAGCGCAAGUACGGAGAGUGUACCCCGCCAGGUAACCCACGACGCCCUUUAUUGUGAAAUAUGGACAUUCAGUCCAGCCAUUUCAAGUGCGACAUAUUGGCAUGCUGUAGGCCUAUUUAGAUACAAUAAUACAUGAAUAAUAGUCUAUGCUGACCUAGAUUGAAUUCUCUGACUGUCAAAACAAUUCAAGUGACUGGAGACGAGAUGCCAUUAUUUUAGCAGCAGCAUUGUAUGAAUGUGCUAAUUCUAGUCGGUUCUUUCUUUCUUAGCUUUUUGUGGAAAUGAUAAAUGAUCUAGGCCUGUAUAUUCAUGAAAUAUUAAACCUAUAUUCCACCUCAUGUUUUUUAUGCCUAAUGAUGAAAGAUAGCCUAAAUAUAAACAAUUAAAAUGUAUAUUCAAGAUAAUUCUCUGAAUGCAUGGUGUACUGAUGGAAUGUUUUGCCAACAAAAUGUAGCCUACAUUGUUGAUACGCUCUAAUUAAUUUGUUGAUGAGACAGACAGGUGUGUUUUUUCCAGAACCAUGUUGGAAUGGUCUAGAAUGAAUCUCCUUAUGACUGGCAUGGGGGCUGGGUUAAAACUCAGCUUUAUGGCUUUAUAAUGAUAGGCAGAAUCUACCGCAAAACCGAUUAGAGAAGAUGCAAACAGAAGAGGCAAAAUGCAAACAGAUUGCAUAACGCGUAGGCCUAUUAAGAAAUAUAGGAUAUAACGUUUCCAAAGCAUAGUCGAGGAAUGCUCGACGUCUUGUGCGAGCAGAUUGUAGCAUGUAUGGCUACACUGUAAUGUCUGUGAUGACCGCGCACUGUGCCAGGUGAAGGCUGAACAUAUCGCGCCGUCACUUAUAAGUCAAAGAAAAGCACAGCUAGACUAGAACAGUCAGCCAUUAAUGGAAAUCACUGUAUAAAUAUUUUUAUUUUUUACAUUUUUUAGUCAUUUAGCAGACGCUCUUAUCCAGAGCGACUUACAGUUAGAGUAGCCUAGGCUACAUUGCAGCGAGUCUUAGGCUGUAAUUAUCAUGGGUCACCAAUCACAAUGAACACUUAUUAGUCACGCGUAUUUAAAUAUUUUUUAUUUAAAUUAUCCUUGUGGUUCUCAAAGACAAUGAUUCAGCAAAUUUUUUUGUCUGUGUGACUGAAUGUAUCCCGACAGUGCGGAGUACCCGGACCUACGCAAGCACAACAACUGCAUGGCCAGCCACCUGACCCCUGCCAUCUAUGCCAAGCUUGUGGAAAAGGCCACGCCCAACGGGUACACUCUUGACCAGGCCAUCCAGACUGGCGUGGACAACCCCGGGCACCCCUUCAUAAAAACUGUGGGCAUGGUGGCAGGGGAUGAGGAGUCCUAUGAGGUCAGAGCAGGCGGCGUUGGUUGGUGGCAGAAAUUAGAAGUCAAUGAAGGCAGAUGACAAAUGUAUUGAUUUCAUCAGGGUGAAGCCAUAGACUGUCUAGUUUCUCAGUUCCUCACCUCUCUUUCAAAGCGUAUUGAGGAUCCAAUGUCCCUCUGGACCUCGUCCUCAAAUGAGCUUUGAGAGGAAGGUGGGGAAUUGAGGAAACCAGGAUCGAGGAAGCAAAGAUUUGACUGGUAGUAACAUUUUUAAGGCAGCUUGUAGACUAAAGAAAAGGAGAGCCUCACACUCUAGGAGCUCAGAUGCAAUAAUUUAAUAAACUAAUAACCCAUGUUUGGACAGACAAGCUGUCUAGACAUAACCUAACCGUAGACUUAUGGGCGAAGGUCAAGUUGUGGAGCAUAUUUAUGGACAGGGAAAAAAAGCAAUUGCUUUACAGUAUCGAACCCCUACAGUCUUUUGGAUUGUUGCAGAGUAUGAUAAAUUAUCUGGAAGUUUCUUAAAGCCAUAAAAAGCCCAUUUAGUCAACAGGCUACAUUUAUCUCAACGACAUUAAGAAUGAAGGAGGAAUCUGUCUUUGAUACUUUUUUACAUGAGGAGGAGCAAGAGCCAAUCCCAGCCACUUAAUCUGACCAUGGAGAACAGCCACACCCAAUCCCCCUGUCCCGUUUCAGACUGAGGCCAACUCCCACCGCAUCAGAGGGGUGCUGGUUUUAGGAUAGAGGAGACUCAUUUGGGAUCUCAUCAUUUGGUCAUCAGUGUCAUUGCUUGCUAUGAAACUACACCUACUUAUAGACAUUUCUAUAAUAGUAUAGCAUAAAUCCUACUUAACUAGAGUACAAUACUAUACUGUGAGCCUGUCUGGUAGUUUGUAAAGUGACAGUGAUUAUAUGUAGUCUACAUAACUCCCAUCCUGUCAGUUGUGACAACUAUAUGAUAGGCUGUAUAAUGAUGGUAUAUAGUCAGACUUCUGGUGUGGAUGUGGGGGGUUUCAGGUGUUUGCAGACCUCCUUGACCCGGUCAUCAAGGAGAGGCACAACGGCUACGACCCUCAGACUAUGACCCAUCCCACCGACUUGGACUCCAACAAGGUACAGAGAUGCAACUUCACUGAAAAACGACAGUAUAUGAUUACGUCCCAAAUGGCAUCCUCUUCCCUUUAUAGUGCACUACUUUAGACCAGGGAUCUGGUCAAAAGUAGUGCACUAUAUAGGGAAUAGGGUGCCAUUUGGGACGUAAACGAGAUGUGACAGUUUGCCCUCAUCAGGGAGAUUUCUGUAACUGGCUGAAUGGUGGAGCUGACUACGUCUGUCCUGACCGUUCGCUAUCUCUACCUGGUCACACCACACACAGACGAUGUUAGGUGUUGCAUACUACCAUUUCUAAUAUUAGAAGGUGGACAGGUUCACUGACCGGAUGCUACACUAAUCAGUGAUCCCAGCUAAUAUUAUAUCGUUAGGCAGUAAAUCAAUUGUGCAUACUGGAAUGUUAAUCAUAUGUUACGUUAUUACGUGAAUAAUCGUUGCUGUCUGAUGAAAACCUCCAAAACAGAAACCUUUCAGGAAAUUGAAACAAAUGGCCAUAUUUUCAGUUUUAACGAACAUAUAAUUCUGAAACUAGAAGCUAUUUUGAAUACAUUUUCUUGGUCCUAUAUUCAUAAAAUGUUCAGAGUACAUUGAGGGAAGUUACUGCUUUCAAUAAAAAUAAAGGGGCAAAAAUUGAGUUACGAGGUUUUCGUCAGACCGCGACGAUGUGUUACGCUACAAUGAAUGUCAGUUACUGUAUAAGGCAUACAAAUCACAUAUCAAAGGAACAUCAUGUAGGAUCAAUAAUCAUGUCAUGACUUCCUUGACGAACCAUUUUGCUCUUUGGGGAGCAUAGAUUUCCUCCAUCGGGUUGGUUUCAUGAUACUAGGCCUAAAUGCCAUACUAUUUACUACUAUAGCUAUGCCAUUCGUUAUUUUUCUGUUUCCCUCCGUCUGUCAGCUCAAGUCGGGCAAAUUCGACGAUCGCUACGUGCUGUCGUCGCGGGUCAGGACGGGCCGUAGCAUCAGGGGACUUAGCCUGCCCCCGGCUUGCACCCGGGCAGAGCGUCGGGAAGUGGAGAGGGUGGUGGUGGAUGCUCUGGCUGGCCUGAAGGGGGACCUGGCGGGGACGUACUACAGCCUCACCCACAUGACAGACCAGGAGCAGCAGCAGCUCAUUGACGUGAGUCAGAGGACAGGAGAAGAGGGAAACAAAACAAUGUUUUGUUAGGCGUUUGAUAUUGUUCCCCUUUCAUUAAGACAGCAUUUCCUGUCUCUACUGUGUUGACACAGGACCACUUCCUGUUCGACAAACCCGUGUCCCCUCUGCUGACCUGUUCGGGGAUGGCCCGCGAUUGGCCAGAUGCACGCGGUAUCUGGUAAGCACCUGUUGGUUAUAGAUACAGAACCUUAGUGGUCAUAAACAGUCAUAGCGGUGCUUUUGAUGAUUGUCUCACAGUUAUUAUUUGCAUACAGUUUGUGCUACACAUCACCAUGACCAUUCUUUAUGGAGGAUUUCCUUCUAGCAAAGUGACAAUGCCCACUAGCUUGUAUCUCCUGUACACUGAGCCUUAGACGUACAUUAUUGAUGCCGACAAUGCCCUCUCCGCAUUGAGUUUCAGCCAGUGCCCAGAAAUAGCCUGAUGCAAACCGCUACCCUGCCAUGGCCUGCUCCAGCAUCGAUCUCCAGCCUUUCUCUGACCCCCCUCUGUUCCCAUGCCAACCUCUUCUCCUCUCCUCUAUAAUUCAUCCUCAUAAAUAAAACAUGUUCAUUGGUAGCACUGUUGCCCCCAACUUAAAAAAGUUAGGAGCACAAGAUAAAAUCUAGAAGCACCAGAAUAUAUAUAUAUAUAUUUUUUUUUUAUUUUUAUGGAUUGAGAUAUAGCACAUUGGGCCUAUUGGAAUUCUAGCUACUUUUGAAGCACAUGUUAUGCUCUAGACAUUAAUGUGUAAAACUGUAAAGACAUUUGUUUAUUAUAAAAAGCUGUUGAUACAAAAACUUGUCAUUGAAAUUACAAAGUCAUUUGUGGAAUAUCAGGUUUCUACAUUUAGCACUACCUAUUGAGAUACAUUACAUUUGAUAUCUUUAAGAAUGUCAAGUUUGAGUGAUGACAUGCAAGAGAUCAGUCAUUCAUUCAUUGCUGUUGUCAUUCAUCUUCUAAAGAAGCGUUUCAUUUCUUUCUGUGCCCCCAAAUGGUUAGAUACACUGGUAAAGUAACCAGGUUGUUAGCAAGCUAGCUAAUGAGGUAACAUGACUGAAGAAGAUGUAAACAAAUGUCUGUUAGUAGUUUUGGAACUGGAACCACCCGCAACAUGAUUUAUGAACAGGGCCUAAAAACAAACUUUUUGGUCCACCAGAUUUAAAACAUCUACCAGCCACUCAGAAGUCAUAUAUUUGCUAAAACAAUAACAACCAAAACCACAAAAGUUUUUUUUUUUCUCCAGGUUUCGGAUUUCCCAUAGUUUUUUGGGAGGUUUUCACUCUCAAAAUCACUUUUUUUCUUCUUUUUUUAUAGAAAAACAAAGAAAAAUGGGAUGUUCUAAGUCCACAACAAUCCUUAAAUCACAUCAAGAGACCACUUUUCGGCAUCGCUAACUAACUACACCAAGUGGUAGACACAGGCAUUCCCAUGCCAUUCAGAAAGUUGCAAAAAAUACAAAUCACUGAUGCAUUCUUAAAUAUUCUGUAGGCUUUGGAUUGAACAAAUCUGUGCUCGCUUUUUUCUCCAGGGCAGGUCACUCUGCCCAGUGAAGCCCAUCAUUACAACAGUUAUUAUCCGUUUGAUAUUAUUUUUUCUGAUGUCGCACAGCAAAAUAUCUAGGAGCAUAUGAGAUCAAAAUGGUCGCACUUCAGAGCCCCCCCCCUCUCUCUCUCUCUCUUUAUCUGACAGCUCUCUCUCUCUCUUUAUCUGACAGCUCUCUCCAUCUUUCAAUCUUCUAUCUGCUCUCCUGGCUUCAGACCUAUCCAUUACUUAAUUAAAUUCUCAUUGUUUUCAGGAGGCCAAUGGGAAAAUAUGCCAUUGUUUACAAUGCAAUGCAUUACAAGAGCAUAUUUGCUUAUAUGGCAAUACUGUAUCCAUUACAAUGCAAUUAGAUUAUUGCGUAUGAGGCAAUACUGUAUACCGCCACCAUCACCUCAAUGUUUGUGGUGAAGGUAUAAUGUAUGGUAAAUGGAACCCGGACAUGAACUCUAGCUGGUGCAAUAGAGGAUGGGAAAAUUAUCUCUCUGUCAUGUAUAAAUACUUUAACUCAAUCCAAUUUGAAGAAUGCUCUGAGCUCCUUUUAGACCACUCAGAACAAACCUGAUUACCGACAGUAAGGAGAAGCAGAACCUUCUACGUUGUAAAUACAGGCCUCUGAGGAAAAGCAUCGAUAUCAAUGAUCGGGAUCAGCUCCUCUGAAAUAGUCUAUGUACACUGGUGGCAGCAGUGGGAUCCAAUGACAUUAGGAAGCACUACACAAGUAUGGAUUGAAGAGUGUUUUUAUUUUGUUUAAAUGAGUAUUGAUAUGUUUUGUGUUUUCAACCCUCUCGUCUCCUUUGUACCAAACCCAGGCACAACAACACUAAGACCUUCCUGAUCUGGAUCAAUGAAGAGGACCACACCAGGGUCAUCUCUAUGGAGAAGGGAGGCAACAUGAAGAGAGUGUUUGACCGCUUCUGCACAGGCCUGAAAGAGGUGCACGCACACACCAACCAUGAUGUGGCUGCAGACUGCCAUUGUAUGCGUGCAAGACAGUAUGCAUCUCAGGGCAAAUAAAGUUCUAAUGGAAUGUUUUCAUCUAGUCUAAAGUGUAAUGUUUGGUCAGGUGGAGAGGCUGAUCCAGGAGAAAGGCUGGGAGUUCAUGUGGAACGAGAGACUGGGCUACAUCCUCACAUGCCCCUCCAACCUGGGCACUGGGCUCCGCGCUGGGGUACACGUCAACCUGCCCAAGCUCAGCAAGGUAACAUCUACUCAGAGCACCAACAAGCAUUUUACAUUGACAUAUGAGCGACUUACAGGAGCAAUUAGGGUUAAGUGCCUUGCUCAAGGGUACAUCGGCAGAUUGUUUCACCUAGUCGGCUUAGGGAUUCGAACCAGCGACCUUUCGGUUACUAGCCCAAUGCUCUUAACCGCUAGGCUACCUGUCGCCCACGUCAUACCCAACACACAAGCUAUCUUUGGCUUUUCCCAAUACAGACACACACUCACAAAUACACAAACCUCUCAAAUUCAACUCUGGACCUCGAAGCCAGUUCCACUACGUGUUUUCAUUCUUCCCCUGUAAUCAGGGACUGAUUUAGACCUGGGACACCAGUUGGGUGCGAUUUAAUUAUCAGGUAGAACCGAAAAACCGGCAGUACUCCGGACCUCCGUGGAAGGAUUUGAAUGAGACCUUUACCCUUACACCAGGGACCAAUACGAUCCCCACUAGCCAGUCAUCCACACCCAUCGUCUUCUGAAUGUUUCUCUUCGUUAGGGCACACCGUAGCAGAAAUUUUUUAUAUCAGAAAUGAGCGUUGAGAUGGUAUCUCUCCAUUUCUGACCGUUUUUAUGUUUGGCGUCUACUGAAAGUGACCCCUGUCUGUAAACCUGCAGGACCCCCGCUUCACUAAGAUCCUGGACAACCUGCGUCUGCAGAAGAGAGGCACCGGGGGAGUGGACACUGCAGCCGUGGGCAGCACCUUCGACAUCUCCAACCUGGACAGACUGGGGCAGUCGGAGGUAAUGGGGAAUACAUGGUGUAGGUUUAGACACGGAUCUUGAGUUGAUUGAGCAUUUUCCCCCUACUAAUGGAUCAGUUAGGAUUGGAAGCAGGGGAAGCUGAUCCUGGAUCUGUACCUAGGAGAAACGUCACACAACCACGGGGUGCUUCUCAAUAGUUUAAAAUGGCGUACUGUCCACUCUCCAUUACCGGUGCCUACAAUACAAGGCCAUGCAAAAGGGUUUAGAAUUCGGAUCACUAAUCUUGAUCACAUAAUGAGUAGUUAUUUGGGAUGCAAGAUGAUUUGUAGAUCAGUGAUUUGGCACAGUCUGGCCGCAAUGCAAUCGAUCUCAAACACACACACUUCGGUUGCGUUCCAGGCCGACUACAUUGCAGACGUUGCAUCAACCAUUAGUUGCGUGCCUCGUCCACAACUGUGCAGUCGGGCAUCAGAUUGCUAGGCCUAUAUCAUAGGUUGUGCUUAGCUGAUAUGCUAAACCCCUACCUAGAUGUUGUGAGAUCUGUCAUGCGUCUGCAAUGCAGUCGCUCUCCAACACGCCCACUGGUUCUCUCUGUGAUCAGGUCCAGCUAGUGCAGACGGUGGUGGACGGCGUCAACUACCUGAUCGACUGUGAGAAGAAGCUGGAGAAGGGUCAGGACAUCAAGAUCCCCCCGCCCUUCAAGAAGUAG